UGAAAGAAGGUGCAAGUACAGGUCUUUGUUUUCACGGACGAAAUGUGACAAACGGAAUAACGGCUAUUUCUAUUGUAACGGAGUCGAUAUAAACGGGGGCCACACCGGGUCACAUGUUAGAGAGAGCCACGCAGCCAAGCUGGUAACACGCGCUACAGUGGCUUAGUCUGACGGAUGACAACACGGCCACACACACACACAUAUAUAUAUAUAUAUAUAUAUAAAUACUUGAAAGGAAUAUGUGUUGAUGAUCUUAUGGAUUAUUGAUGAAAACACAAAUCUGAAAUGAAAUAUCGGAAAACGUGGUAGCGCGUAUGUUGAAACACACCAGGACGUUUUCCCAUUGUGGAGUUCCAUAGAGUUAUCGAUCUGUAUUUUAUUUGACAUAUCAGGCCAGGGAAACUGAGGCAGCAAAACGGUGCUAUCGACCUGUGCUUAGCGAUACCACGAUGGUUCGCAGCUACCAGCAGACUACAGAGCUUCUCAAUAACGGUUUUGAGGAGCAGUGGACGUGGAAUAAAAAGGACAAAUCUCACGAAGUUCGUUUAUACGGGACUAAAUUCCAAACAGCACACUUCCACCCGAACUGGUCCAAUGGAACCGCUGGAGUUCGGGGCUCGCAGGUCCUCAACGAUGGGAGGCAUUACUGGGAAAUUAAAGUCUCCCAGCGAAUAUUUGGGACCAGUAUGAUGUUUGGUGUGGGCACGAGACGUGCCCGACUACAUGUGGAUGCGUUUGUGAAUAUGUUGGGAGAGGACGGUCAGAGCUGGGGCCUGUCCCACAAAGGACUCCUGUGGCAUAGUGGACGCUGGAGACAAUACACCACGCCCUUCAAGGAGAACGAAGCCACUGUGGUUGGAAUGCUCUUCGACGGAAACGAAGGAACCCUCAGUUUCUUCAAAGACGGAACGUAUCUUGGAGUGGCAUUUUCAGGUUUAAAUGAGAUUGAAGAAGAACUUUUCCCAAUUGUGUGUUCCACCGCAGCCAAGACGGAGAUGACUCUCGGAGUGCGGAGACGAGGAUAUGUCAGUCUACAGGACAGAUGCAGAGCCACCAUCUUAUCAAAGGUGAAACAGAACAAUGAUAUAGACAACCUGCCCCUCCCGAGACGGAUCAAAUCGUUCCUCAAAGAUGUGGCAAAGUGACAUAUUACCAUGCCGGCGGUGCCGUGUUAGAAAUGGUGAACUUUGUAUAGUGUAAGAACGGUAUGUACAUGUUGCGAGUUAUACGAGAGAGAUACGUUAAUUACGAUAGUUGGUGCUAUAUAUUUAUCGUAAAUGCCAGAUUCAGAACAAAACACUAUGGUCAAAGCAACUUCUUAUGAUUAUAUUUAUUUUUGGAUUGAUUUUUCCCCUUUUUAUUAGAUACAUUUCCGUUCAUUAUACAGUUAUAAGUCAGUAUUCUCCGAGAAUUUUGUACUCUGUAUCCCCGUAUGGUGUUCUAUUCCAAUAUGGCUACCCUAUCAUUCAUUGAUGACCGCAGGUUGAUGCUGUGGACUGGUAUACAUAUAUGAAAUAUUAAUUAUGUAAAUUCAGUCUGAAGCGCCAGCCCUAUUUUCCACACAUAGCCACAAGGCUGGCGUAUUAUCCAUAAUUUAUAACCUUAUCAUUUGUCGCGUGCCAAAACCAGUCAAGCCCAAUGACAGUUCGUUUGACCUACCCUGUAUUCACCGAAAAUCGGCAGAAAUUCACGAUUGAAAACUUACCGAAAUAUUGCAGAAACAAAUAUGUAUUUUUAAAUUUCAAUUUUUUUUUCUAAUAUAAUUAAAUCGGUUUGCCCGACUCAUUAAUAUGUAAAUUUCUGACUGAUUAGUGAAGAAUCGUGUUUUCACAAAGCGGAGAGUACAGGGCCUCGUAUUGAUUUCCUAUAGUAUAACAGUAUACGUCUAAUUUUAGCUGUGGCCCUGGUUCGUGUUUGCAUUGUGUGAUUCAGACAUUAUUAUCGAAAAAUUCAAUAAUUUGAGGCCCUUGAGGGGGAAAAUGAUUUUCCUGAUCCAGUAAAUGAUAUAAUGGAACAUCUGUUUCCAUUGACGGAACACACUCGGUAUCAUCUGGGUGCUCCGGUCCGGCUCGCCUUUGUCAAACAAGUUUAGUCACAACGUCAAUAAUUACUGACUGUGUUAUCACAUUUAUGAUAAAUGUCCCAUUUUUUACGUGACAUUGUUUAGCCAUCAUGUGUUACUGUUUUUAUCUACACGUCACACGAGUGAAUGUUUUUUAGUAUGUGCUUUAGUGGUUUUUAGUUGGUUAUAAUAUGCACGUGCAUUUUAUUUGUCGUCUUACGAACAAAAAAAUCUCGAACCACGCCGUUUGUAAUUGGCUGGUUUACGGAUGAGUCUCCUAGUCAAGACUUGUAAAUAUGUAUAUAUUAUUUAUAUCACUAUAUAAAUGUCCAUAUUUAGAUUAGAUCACUUGUAUAUAUCGCACACAACUGUAUUUAUGUAGAAGGAACGAAUGUCUCGCUACAACGGAUCUGUUGAAAUCCAAACGUGUAAAAUAGAAAUUUUGUAAGUUUUUAAAUAAUAGCGUAGUGUAUAUAUAUAUUUAUAGCAUACAUUGAAUUAAUCAAUUUGUUUAUAUAUAUAGAUUGAAUUUUGAAAAUGAUAUAAAAUAUGAAAUUAACAUACUGCUGCAUCGCGAGGUUUCAUGUCAACAAAGAACGCAUCAUCUUUUACUACACACAUGGUAAUUUAGUAUAUAUAUAUUUAUAAUAUGUAAUUAUAGUAAUUUAGUAUAUAUGUCUAUAGUAUAUGUUAUCAUACUACGACCCCUAGACUUGUUUGACAAACACCUGUGAGUUAAGAAACAUAUCUAUUCACUAACCUCCCAGUUUAAAUUAAAUCGAAUUUCGAUAUAAAAUAUACAUAUAUAAUAUAAAAAGAACAAAUCUCAACUACGAGUCUUUAGUACUUUCAUCUCGUCAAGGUGAUUCUUCAGACUAUAUAUAUAUAUAUAUCAUCAGUCGUUCUCUGUUAUAAGAUAUUUUGGGGGCUUUACAAGUCUACGGGUCGUAGUAUUUAGUUAUGUAGUAGAGUUAGACAGCUUGGUCACAGUUGUCCUGGUAGAUCAGUAGGUUAGUGUGGUGGGGGUGUAGGAUGUAGAAGUAGGCCCAGUAGAGAUACUUAGUUAGGCGUAAUCACAGGGACCAGACUACAUUUACCCGUUACAUAGCAUCCGUAUUAUACCAAGUCCCUGUGUAACAAGUGUAUGUAAUUCAUAAGUACCUUUUCUCGGUGAAAUUAACGACGGGCAUAUCGAACCUGAAACGGAAAAACUGAUACCCUACAUUUUAAAGUGAAAUCUGGUUCCUAUCUGCAUCUUUGUUGUGUCUGUGAAGGGUUAGUAAAUUCUUGUGGGGUGAAGGUAGGUGUGGUCACGUGUUGUGAGGUGGAGCUAGAUGUGGUCACGUGUUGUGGGGUGGAGGUAGAUGUGGUCAGAUGUUGUGGUUGGAGGUAGGUGUGGUCAGGUGUUGUGGGGGUGGAGGUAGAUGUGGUCAAGUGUUGUGGGGUGGAGGUAGGUGUGGUCAGGUGUUGUGGGAUGGAUGUAGAUGUGGUUACGUGUUGUGGGGUGGAGGUAGAUGUAGUUACGUGAUGUGGGGUGGAGGUAGGUGUGGUUACGUGUUGUGGGUGGAGGUAGGUGUGGUCACGUGUUGUGGGUGAAGGUAGGUGUGGUCACGUGUUGUGGGGUGGAGGUAGGUGUGGUCAGGUGUUGUGGGGUGGAGGUAGGUGUGGUCACGUGUUGUGGGUGAAGGUAGGUGUGGUCACGUGUUGUGGGUGGAGGUAGAUGUGGUCAGAUGUUGUGGUUGGAGGUAGGUGUGGUCACGUGUUGUGGGGUGGAGGUAGGUAAGGUCAGGUGUUGUGGGAUGGAUGUAGAUGUGGUUACGUGUUGUGGGGUGGAGGUAGGUGUGGUCACGUGUUGUGGGUGAAGGUAGGUGUGGUUACGUGUUGUGGGGUGGAGGUAGGUGUGGUCGGGUGUUGUGGGGUGGAUGUAGGUGUGGUCACGUGUUGUGGGUGAAGGUAGGUGUGGUCACGUGUUGUGGGGUGGAGGUAGAUGUGGUCAUAUGUUGUUGGGUUGAGGUAGGUGUGGUCACGUGUUGUGGGGUGGAGGUAGGUGUGGCCAGAUGUUGUGGUUGGAGGUAGGUGUGGUCACGUGUUGUGGGGGUGAAGGUAGGUGUGGUCAUGUGUUGUGGGUGGAGGUAGGUGUGGUCACGUGUUGUGGGGGUGGAGGUAGAUGAUUUAUAUAUAGGCCUCGAUGUGAGUAUUUGAAGUACCCGUACUAUGAGUGUGUACUAGUCAGUAGUUUAGUGGUGGUGGGAUUAGACAGAUGGCGUCAUAUAUCUUAUCGUCAUAGAGACAUGUGUUGUAGUUCAGGACUGAUGGACAUAAACGAAACACUGCGUGCAAGGACAAACACUGCACGGCAGGACAAAGGCAUGCAGAUAUGCAAAUUCACGCACGUGCGACAGAGGUCUGGUGAUUCAGCAGUUGUUAAUUGACGCGAUGCUAUCAAUAUUUCAGACAAAUAAUGGCCAACUAGUUGUAAAGAAAUUUAGUGCUCACCGUUUUGGAUUUUUUGACGGCCGUCCAAACAUGUUUCGUUUUCAUCUCGUUUAUCUCGCAUAAGAAAAAGUGAAAUCAAACAAAUUGGUUAGUUCAAGUGUUGUAUAAUGAUUUCGCCUGGAAUAUGCAAAGUUGGAUUUCCGAACAAAUUGCAGUGUAUUUAAACUUGUAUGUAUUGAUGACUAGAUUAUGCAUAGUGUAUAUAUGUGAUCUGAUAGCGAGUGCGUGUGUGACGUGUGUGUGGGGUAGCGUGUAGACAUGGAUAGAACAAUUAGGCUGGGUCCUAUGUGCAAUAGUUACUAUCCUCCAAUGGCUGUGGUCAGCUGCACGUGUCCGACACGUGGUCAGUCCGGCCGCAGUCGGCGAGUUUUCAAAGUGAUCUCAUAAUCCUAUGUACAUAAAAUCUUAAUAUUAGUGUUUUCUAUGACCUUAUACCUAUGCCCCCUUACGUGAGUAUAAUAUCAUAUACCAAAAUGAAAAACAAUGAUAGAGAGUAGGUUGAAUAGCAAUUUCAUUUUCAAACGUGUACUUUUAAAUAUUUUUUUAUUUAUCGCUUUUAUAUCAGUGCAAUAUUAUUACAUGUUUUUUUUUAAAGUCAAAGAUAGCGGCACGUGCACUUCAAUGUAUUACUGAACAUAAAUAUUCAUUUAGAGAAAUAAGUAGAUUAUUGUUUAAUGCUGUCUUUGGCAUUUAACAGGGUACUGAUUAUAUCAGUAUUAUUGAAUACAUUUUUAUACUUCCUGCUCAAAUAAAUGGGUGUCCACGUACAACAGAUCGUAUCACACCUCUUAAGGAAGUGUGACGGUUGGUCAGCAGGAUAUGUCCGACUCUUUAUUUGUCCAAGUGAUGUUAUCUGACCACUUAGUAAAUAGAACGUCAAAAAGGGUCGGACAAUUAAAGGGGCGGCAAAAAGGGCUGGGAAUCAACCAGCAGCAUCUCUAGUAUGCCAUAAAAUAACGCUUUACGUGUAAAACAAAAUUUCUAGUAGACGUAAUAAUUUACUCGGAAUAUACUUUAAGGAUUAAUGUGCACUUUUCAAUUUACUUUAGUACUAUAUAUGUUUAAUUUAUUUUAUUGUAGUAGUAGAUUUACACUCGGAACUCUUAACUUCCCUACUGUGUACGUUAGUAAGAGUAUAAUUAAUUAAUGGCGUAGACACUCGGAACUUAUUUGUAUCCUUUAUGUGUAACCUACCCCUAUGAGGUAUCGGUGCGGUUUAUCUUACCUAGCCCACAUCAGUAUUUUUAUUUUAUCUGAUCAAGUUAUCAUACUGAGUUUCUAUAAUGUUGGUAAUAUUAUUUGCUAUAUUUGUCUAUUCUAGCCGUACAAACUGUUAUUGACUCGUUUAAAAACCGUUAGCAUUAUAGUGUAUUAUGCUAUUAUUAAUAUUAGCAUUUUAGUGUAUUAUGUUAUUCGUUUUCAAAUAACGAUAAUCAGGUUCUUUUAAUGUGAACAAAGUAACAUAUUAUUUAUAUUAUGUUGUUAAUAUUAUUUUAAUUAAGUUGUCCGGUUUACUUAUUUUUGACAAUUUAGUUUUUUAUUUAAUAUAUUGACUAUAUAUACAUGUAGUUGUAUCGACGAACAUGUGAAUUGGCAUAAGAAAAUCUUGUGAAUUAUUAAGUUAGAUUUUUAUAUUAAGUAUCACGGAGUUAGAUAAUCUAAUUUCGUGGUAGAGUGCGAGGUAUAUUUUGUAAGGGCGUGUUUGGAUCAUACACGUGUUACAUGCAUAUGUGUGUACACGUGUAAUGUAUGUGUGGUAUAUUUGUGUAAGAGCGUGUUUGCAUGGUACACGUGUUACAUACAUGUUUGUACACGUGCACUAAUGUAUAUGUUACAUGAAUAUAAGGCUAUACGUAGAUGGUGCACGUGUUUACACGUGUAAUAUAUGCGAGAACAUUGUCUAUAUGUGUAUGGUAGACAUAUUGGGUGGUUGGCAAUAAUAUUAACUCGUGAAGUGAACAAAACUUGUGUACAUGCAUUUGCGUACCAUUUCUGAAUGAUAAAAUUGAUAUAAAUAAAAAGGAUAA